UUUAGUUCCGGGCAUGUGGCAAUCCCGCCCAAGAUGCUCGUCAGCAGUUAAUCCCCAAAUCUCUUCCCACGCUCAUCAUCCAAACCCUCGAUCUCUUCUCCCAAAUCCCAAACCCUCGUCUCCUUCUCUACAUCUUCUCACGCCCUAGCAUCCUCAUGGAUGAUGAGAAGCCCGCCGUUGCUGGCCCUGCUAGGGUUCCGACCAUGGUCGAAGGCCCUCCGGCUGCGUCUUCAUCGGAACCGCAGAAGUUGGCCCCGGUGAAUGACCAGAGGGUGAGGUUCACGGUGGAGCUGAGGCCUGGAGAGACCACCAUCGUCUCAUGGAAGCGGCUUCUUAAGGAGUCUGGGAGAGGCGGUGGCUCGGCCGCGGUUUCUUCUGGGGUUGAUCCGGCAUUCGGUGGCCAGGUCUUUUCUGGUGCUAAUGUUCAAGAUGCAGAAGGUGAACUAAAAGAUGGCCAACCAUCAAAUCGCUUUAGUGCCGUUAUUGAGAAGAUUGAACGUUUGUACAUGGGCAAGCACAGUAGCGAUGAGGAAGAGCUUGAUGAUGUUCCUGAUGAUGAUGAAUACGAUACUGAGGAUUCAUUCAUAGAUGAUGCUGAGCUGGAUGAGUAUUUUCAAGUUGAAAAAUCAACAACCAAGCACAAUGGAUAUUUUGUUAAUAAGGGGAAGUUGGAAAGAAUUGAACCUAGCUCCUCACCAAAUCCUGAACCGAAGAAAAGGAAAAGAAAAGAUUCAACAAGGAACCAUAGUGAGAAGGAUGGGGAGCACAAUCUCAGAGAGCCUUUAAACAUGGGAAACAUGCGAAUAAAGUCUGCUGCGCGUGAUGUACCAUCAACAGGGAAGAAGUCCAUUCCUAGCACAGUUUUGACUCCCUUUCCUGAACAUAAUCAAGAAACCAAAAAUCUGAAAAGUAAAGUUAAUGUUCCAAGCAUAGCUCAUAAAAAGAGAACAUUGGAUCUUGAUGUCAACUCGGAGAAUCUGCUAUACAUGAAAACACCUUACAAGGUUGCUUCAACACUUCCCCCGGAAUCCAAGGAUUAUGACAAGCAAAAGGCUGGACUCAUACCAUCCAGGGACUCCUACAAAUCAAGAGGUCCAGUUGAAUCUUCUGAUGCCAUGUAUCCAGUACCUUGGGAUAAAGCUGUUCCAUCUCAGGUUGAAUCUCAACCCAAGAAAUUAUCCAAUGGGGAAACUGAUACUGAAGCUUCGAUGAAAAUAAGACGCAAGGAAAGGAGUAGAUAUAGUGACUUUUCGGAUUUCAAUUCUUCUGCAGACAUAUAUCAUGGACAGCAUUCAUCAUCUCAGCGGAUGAAAGAAGAUGCUGUUGCUGUUAGACCCAAAGGCACAACACUCGAAAGAGCAAUUCGAGAUUUGGAAAAGAUAGUUGCAGCAUGUAGACCACCUGACCUUAAUGUUCAGGAAAUUGAUCCUUCAACUCAAGCCAUCAAAAGGAGGCUGCCCCAAGAAGUUAAACAGAAGCUUGCAAAAGUUGCUCGAUUAUCGGUCAACCACUGUAAGAUUUCAAAGAACAAUUUGAUAGAUCGCCUUAUGGGUAUUCUCGGCCACCUUGUGCAGCGACGGACGUUGAAGAGAAACAUGAAGGAAAUGGUUGAAUUAGGUUUAUCAGCCAAACAAGAGAAAGCUUAUAGAUUUCAGCAGAUAAAGAAAGAGGUUAAUGAAAUGAUUAGAUCACAGCCCUCACUUUUGAAGUCCAAGGUGGCUGAGAAACAGGAUGGUUCGGCAGAUGAUUUUCAGGAAGCUCCUGUUACUGAUGAAAAAAGAGCUCUAAAAAAAGCAUUCAUUAUGGAUAAAGCAUUGGAAGACAAGAUUUGUGAUCUCUAUGAUUUGUAUGUUGAGGGUAUGGAUGAAGACAAGGGGCCUCAAAGUAGGAAGCUUUAUGUUGAGCUUGCAGAGUUGUGGCCCAGUGGUCACAUGGACAAUGCUGGAAUUAAAGAAGCUAUAUACAGGUCAAAGCAGCGGAGGAGGGCAACGUAUACUCGACACAAGGUUCGUGAUGAGGAAAGGAUCAAGAGGAAAAGGUUGGCCUUGGCUACAAGGCCAGAUGAAACUCUGAGUGCGCAAGUAAGAACUGGACAAGAGAGACCUGCUGCUGAAUCCUCAAGUCAGCUUAAUAUCUUACCAGACAAGCAAUUAUCCAACCACAUCAAUGCUCCAUUGGGAAGACCUACAGAAUCAACCCAACAUAUGAGUGCUCAAGGGCACCAUUUUGGCUCUGAAAAUUACGAGAAGGCCAGAGGCAGUGGUAGUACAAACAUUAUGCUUACUGAGGAUGGUUACUAUAAUGUCAAGAAAAAGGUGAAGAGAAGGCCAGAAUCAGAUCAAGGGGAGAUCCAAGUUCAUCCAGUUAAGCCCUCCUAUCAAGAUGGUAAAGAAAGACACAAACCGCCAAAGCAAGGCGACGAUCCAAGCUCAAAUAACCUUUACCGGCCCAACCUUGCAUUACCUGCUCCCUCAGUUAGUGAAUUUCAAAACUGAUUGGAGAAGCGGCAAGGAUAUAAUAAAUUUUCUUUUCAUUUCUUUUUUUCUUCUUUUUAUAACUUGUUCAAGUUUAGAAGAAGAACCAAAUGAUGCUGAGCCAUUGAUAUAUGGACUUCAAUUGGUAGUGGAGAUGUUUCACUUUCUAACAGGACAUUACCAAAGAAGCUUGCUUUCUCUGUUCGCCAAUAUCCGGCUUUGGUUUGAUCAUUGAUGUACAGAGACAUUUUAAUUGUUACUUAAAAGUGGCAAUUAAUCA